GAAUUCCCUCGGACCACACCACCAAUGCCGCUGUAUCCAUUGAGACAACAUGGCUGACCAUGUUAGCCUGGUCUUGUAUCUAACUUAUCACUUUUUGGAAGCGUUGCAGUCUUGCACCACGGAUGCCAUUCAGUGUUGGUCACACGAUACUUUGAGAAAUAUUUUAUGCUUUGGCGAAGACUUUAGAAAGGUGAAAUCAAAUCCGAAAUGUCAUUUUAUCACAACAGGCAAUGAACAAACUUGAUACCACUGAACUCUCAUGUCUUCAAGAGCACAUCUCAUCUAUUGUUACCUGUUUUCAACAAUUUUCGUUGGAUACGUUGUCAUAUAAUCCUUUGACCGACUGCUUAUCGUGCUUGCUGGAGGUGCUGGUCGCCAAUCCUUACUUAUCCCAAGGUCAGCGUGAUGUUAUAUUCGAGUUUUGCCUGGACGCCGGCAUUGAGGUUUGCUCCCUUUUCGUUAGCACUCAAGCAUUUGCAAAGGUGCCCAAGUUUCCUCCUAUUACACACCAAACGGAUCACCCACUCGUUGAGAUAUCAUCCGCCACCCAUUGUCGCUGUUUUAUCGCACAUCUUCACAUUCUGUUGUCUCGCUCAGAGAAUGUAUUUUUAUUUCUUGAUUCCUGCUUAGCGCUCGACCCGGAUUAUUUAGUUUGCAUGGUUAUCAGAGCGUUGGAGCAAGUGGCUGAUCCCAUUGGAAAUGCCAAGUUGUUGGAACAUCACCUAAUCGAUUGGCUGAUUGCCGCAAUGGACAAGGAUCAAACGUUGUAA